AUGGGCCAGCGAGGCUGUGCCAGGCCGGGCGGUGUCUCAAAGGCUGCCAGUGCGGAUGCAGGGGAGGUGGAGGUCUGGGCCGAGGAGACCCUCAUGGAAGCCCAGCUGGGCGCCUUCCUCCAGUCUAAUACACGGGUGGCAGACCUGGAGGCCGCCCUGAAGCUGGAGCUGGAUGCGGAGGAGUACGCCGCCGCCUCCGCCACCCUGCUCCUGCUGAAGCAGGCGCGGCUGGAGAGCGCGGCGGCGCGCGAGGCGGCGGAGGGCGCCAUGCGCCGCACGCUGCGCUGGGGCGCUUACGCGCACGGCGUCGGCGCGGUGGUCACGCACCGUCGCUAUGGGUACCGCGGCGUGGUGGCGGGCAUGGACCCCACCUGCCUCGCCUCCCCCGCCUGGAUGGCGGCCAUGCGGGUGGACGCGCUGUCGCAGGGCAGGUUCCAGCCCUUCUACCAUGUCCUCGUGGAUGAGCGGGAUCGGCCGGGGGGGGUGACCACCUACGUCGCCGAGGAGAACCUGGUGGCCCCUCGGGGGGUCAGGCCGAUUCUGCACCCCCUCAUGGACGAGCUGUUCCUUGGCAUGUCCAAAGAAGGGGUGUACAACCCCAGCAUGAAGCUGCACCUCCUCUUCAGGAAGAGGCUAGGACCGCAGUGA